GGUGCACUGAACAGCCGCCAGUCAUUCACAUGAGAUGCGAUUUUUGCUGGUGUUUGAAAAUUUAAUACUGACCAGAAACAGGACUGACAAACAUACAAACAAAUACUGAAAAAUGCAUGGAGAGACAUUAUCAAUCAAGAACAGCUCUGCCAUUGGCAGUUUUCCAUCCGGCACUCUUGUUCUGGACGAGCCAAAGAAUGAGGAGAUGUGGACAUGUGGCAGCUGGAUCCAGCAGUGCUGCCUCCGCUGCUGCGGCCACAUAAAAACAGAUGAUGUCACAGAGACUGUUAUCACCAAUCCCAUUGCUGAAGAACCUAAAGGAAACUAUGAGAUGAAAGGUUUAUUGAAGGCACGUUCCGUAGACCUUCUUAAAUCUAAGACUGAACAGAACAGGUUGGAGCAUCACACAGAUCGCUACCAUAGUGAAAACCUCAUCAUCCGGAGGGGACAGACUUUUCAGAUGCUGAUCGAGCUCUCGCGACCUUUCAACCCGAAGACAGAUAAACUCCAUUUAGAGCUCAGAUUAGUAUCAAGGAAUCCUCCAGACAUGUCGAAAGGCACACUUGUGGUUGUUUCUUUGGUUAAGGACCUGCUUUAUAACUGCUGGGAGGCCACGAUCAUUGAACAGACGGGCAGAAAAAUCAAACUGUCUGUCAACUCCCUGCCAUCCGCUGCUGUUGGCAAAUACAAACUCUCGGUUAUAACACAGUCCCUAGCAGAUGGGACCAUGUCAACGUACUGUUCAGAGAAUGACAUCUACAUGCUGUUCAACCCUUGGUGUGAAUAUGACUCUGUGUACAUGGAUGAUGUUGAACAGAAGAAAGAAUACGUGUUGAAUGACAUGGGUGUAAUCUAUUACGGGACCGAGAGCCAGAUCGCAGACAGAGCGUGGAAUUUUGGACAGUUUGAUAAGGAUAUCCUGUCGGCGUGUUUGUUUUUGUUGGAGAGAAGUGAUGUUCCAGCAUCAGGAUGGGGAGACCCUGUCAGUGUGGUCAGACUCGUGUCUGCACAAAUUAACUCAUCCGAUGACUAUGGAGUCCUUGAAGGAAACUGGUCGGGUAAAUAUGAGGAUGGGACUGACCCUCUGGUCUGGACCGGUAGCAGUGAUAUCCUCAGACAAUAUCAUGAAAAUGGAGGAACACCUGUCAAAUAUGGACAAUGCUGGGUCUUCUCUGGGGUCACCACCACAGUGCUCAGAUGCAUAGGAAUUCCCACUCGCUGCGUAACAAACUUCAACUCGGCUCAUGACACCGAUGGUUCCCUGACCACAGAUUUUUAUUUAGAUGAGUACUUCAGUCUUAUUGAGGAGCCCAAUCAAGAUUCUGUCUGGAACUUCCAUGUGUGGAAUGACUGUUGGAUGGCCCGUCCUGAUCUACCUGCGGGUAUGGGGGGGUGGCAAGCCGUGGAUGCCACUCCUCAGGAGAAAAGUCAGAAAGUCUAUCGCUGCGGCCCUACCUCUAUCACAGCUGUCCGGAAUGGACAGGUUAAUCUUGAGCAUGACACGGCGUUUGUGUUUGCAGAGGUGAACAGCGAUAAAGUCUACUGGCAGAGGAAAGCUGAUGGGACCUUGACUCAGGUCAACGUUGAGAAGCAGGCAGUAGGUCACUGCAUCAGCACUAAAGCUGUCGGCUCUGAUUACCGUGAAGACAUCACACACCUCUACAAACAUCCAGAAGGUUCAGAGGAGGAGCGUAUUGCUGUGGAGACAGCUUGUCAAUAUGGCACAAAAGCGGGAAUCUACUUUCCCUUCGGAACUGAGGACAUCUAUGUUCAGAUCACAAUGGAUAAAGAACUUCAGCUCGGUGGUGAUGCUAAACUGUCUACCACUAUACAGAACACGAGUUCAGAACAGCGCAGCAUCACUCUCUUUGGUCAGGUGGAUGUAGUGUAUUACACUGGGGUACUUAAAGCUACAGUGCAGAAGACCCAGGUACUUGUCUACCUCCAACCAGGUGAAGUUACGACUGUGGACUGGAACCUAUUGUAUUAUGAAUAUAAAGAUCAGCUGGUGGAUCAUGCGAUUCUGAAGUUCACUCUUACUGGACGGGUCAAUGAGACUAAGCAGGUUCUGGCAACCCAGUUCAGUUUCAGACUGCAAACAUUCUGAUAAUUGACGAGGCUAUGCUAUAAACGAAGCGGAUCAGAAGCUGUUUUCUCGAAGCGAUGAUGUUCGUCCACAUAAGACAGAUCUACUCUGUUUCAACACGUUAACAACACUCCACUGUGGCAUGUUAUUGUUGUUGUUUUGUAAAUUUGAACGUUAAUCCGGCAUGAAAGACGGCUGUAUCUUGUUCAAGAAUUGUUUCACCGCAUUUGUGUUGUUAUCAGCUCAAAAACAAAUGUUAUAUUACUUAUACUUUUAGUAUUUGAAGAGCUUGGUUUCAAAAUAGGAUAACUCCGUUUAAAAAAAAUCAAAAAUCAUAAUUUUUUAUUGUGCGUUCCAAUUAAUAUCAAUCAAACUGCAGUUGGUUUGUUUUGAUUUAAGCCCAUAAUAACUAAAAAAACAUAAUAAAAACAUGACAACUUAAUACGAAACUUCAGUUUUGAAAUAAAAAAAACGGAGUUAUCUCAUUUUGGAAUCAAACUCAUUUGUUCUCAUAUAUGAAAGCAUUUAUACGAACUGCCUUUGAUUGUGUUACAGACUCAGCUGACCAUGUUGAUAUGUUUAUCAUAAAGUAAAAGACUUGGGUGGUAAUGAGCCAUGUAAUAGCUUGUUUUUAGAGAUGCACAGAUUGCAAUUUUCUUUGCCGAUUCUGGUUUCCACCCAGCAAACACAAAACGUUGUUUUUGGUUAUUUUUUUGCAACCAGAAAACAACGUUCCCUGAUGGUUAUUUUUUGGUUAUUUUUUUGCAACCAGAAAAUAACGUUACCUGAUGGUUCUUUUUUGGUUAUUAUUUUACAAGCAGAAAAUAACAUUCCCUGAUGGUUAUUUUUUAAUGGUAAAAGAAGUCAAAACUGGUAAACGUCAGUGACAUGUGCAAUACAGAAAUUAUAAGAAAAAAAAAACGAAAACGAACCUUAGAAAAUAACAUUCUGGGAACCAAAAACUAACGAUAGGGGAACGUUCUAAGAAUAUAUAAAACCAUAUUUACUUUUCUUCAAUCCACAUUUUUACAUAUAUUUUUUUAAUUUUCAUUACAUCUACAUUUAGUCAUUUAGCAGACGCUUUUAUCCAAAGCAACUUACAAAUGAGGUAAAUAAUGAGCUAAAUUAUUGAACAUGACAAUUUCCCCAGAUUUCCCUAAAUGCAGUUCUCCAAGUUGCAUUAAAUUACAGAAUCUUCACUUGCCCAAACAACUCUUUAAUUUAAGAAAUCUGUGAUUGAAAAGAAGUAAAAAUUAUAAAAUACAACUAAACAUGUCGCUUAAUUGACCUUUUUCAUUUUUGUACUCAUCUCACAAAAUUCUGAGAUAACAAGCAUAUAGAUGUAACAAUCCUGUCGGUCCCCAGAAUGUUUUCCCCAAGGUUUUAAUUUCUCCACUCUCCCUCACCUGCCCCUCCUCAGUUAUCCUGUCAUCAGACUCGUCACCCGGACACUAUUUCUGACUGUUCCUUAGUUCAAGGUCUUGUCUAAAAUGUAACUCCUGUGUGUUUACUCCAUUGAAGAUCUUUUGUUCCUUGGGUUUUCCCUGCUUGUGGACUUUAUUAAACGGAUUAUUGUUUAAAAGCAUCUUGUCUGGGAGCGAUCCGUUACAAUAGAUAAAAUACUUAAACUUUAUUCUUAUCUGUUUCUGUUUAUGAAACUAACAUUGCUUUAUUUUUUUCUGAAAUGUGAAAUAAAUUGUCUUUAUCUUGGUUCUGUAGUAUUAAAAUAAGUGGGUUGGUUCAUUUUAGCUGCAACUUCAAUAAAAAGUUAAAAAUCAUAUGAAUAAAUUCUAAAGAUGUAUUGCAUUUUUUUGUGUUAUAGUGAAAAACUGAAUCAGAUAUAUAUCACAUCCCAACAAACAUUUAUAUGUUUAAUGACCGUUGAAAAGACGUCAGAACGACACGUCACGGAUGAAAAAUAGUUCCAAAAUGAAAAUUGAACGGAAAUCUUUGACGUCAUCUGGACGUGAUUUCCACAUCUUUUCUGCUCGUCCCUGGACGUCCAAAUUUGUCCUCUUCUGGACAUUUAUUAUUAGAUUUGUUGCUGCUUAAUGUAAGCGUAUA